CUGCCCGGUUUGUAGAUGAGCUCAGAACCAGCCCUUGACCCAACGGAAGCCGCACCCUCACCCCAAAGCUGCUGCUCCCCCUUUUCCUCGGUGGCCCCGGGCCGGCUCACCCGGCGGAGCAGCCGCCGAGCGCGGGAGGCGGAGCUAGGAGGGGGCGUGGUCGAGCGGGGUGGGGCUAAGAGUGGAGGCGGGGCCAAGCGCUCACGCCCAGGCGCGCUGCGAGCUCAGGCUACGUGGCGGGCGCUGAUUGGCGGGCGCGGAAGCGGGGCGGGGCGCUGCGGCCGGCUGAGGGCAGCGGGAGGUGCCGCGCCAGGCCGGGCCGCUUCUCUCUGCCGCCCCCGCCAUGGCGUACGGUGGCCUGACGGUGCCCAUCAUCGUCAUGAGCGUUUUCUGGGGACUGGUCGGCGGCGUCCUGCCGUGGCUCAUACCCAAGGGGCCCAACCGCGGGAGAUAAUGACCACUAAAUCUCUCUUCCUCCCUCUGACAUCCCCUCUGCUCCACAGUGUGAUCAACACAAUGCUGGUGACAUGUGCUGUUUGCUGCUACCUGUUUUGGCUGAUUGCGAUUCUGGCUCAACUCAACCCUCUCUUUGGGCCGCAGUUAAGCAAUGAAACAAUCUGGUAUCUUAGAGCACACUGGCCUUAAGGAUGUUUGUCCUCUGCUGCAAUUUAUUGACCUAGGUGAAGAAGCGAUUUCCUCCAGAUGAGAACUCCACUGACACACCGAUGCCCUUAACAUAGUUGGUUGGAUACUGAGCCUGCAUUAACGCCUUAACUUUUCUAUUGUGCUUCCAAUGGCUUGUUCAAAGCCCUGUACUUUUUCCUACUGUCCCGUUGAAGUGUGCCUAAUGGAAUUGAUCCUCCUCUUUGGUACUGUACGUUUUUGUCUGUUAACUUUGGAUACGAUGAACAUUUCUAAAGCUUUUAUGGGUCGUGGAGUCAGCUUUCCAGUUCUGUAGGAGCACCGUGUUGUCCCACAGGUGUGAGGUGGUUGCUGUGCCAUUCACGCUGUUCUUUGGCUGCACUUGGAAAACAACUCAACUGUGUGAGGAGAAACGGUGGUGGUGCCACGUGCUGAUGGCAUUUAUUUUUUAAGAUGAGUUGUAUUAUUGGGAAAUUUGGUCUUGAAUUUCUCAUGCCUGGUAAUAAAACUAAUCCUCUGCUCUAUACAGAA